AUGAGGAAACCUGCAGAAUUGAUCAUUCUUCCUGCAAAGAUGCAAUUUCUCGCGGCAGUUGCCCUGUCAGGCCUCGCUCUCGUCAACGCACAGUCAGCACCAGUCCCGGGUGUCACAGGGCAGCUUGGUGAUGCCGCCGUAACCACUGGGAACCCAUCGGGCGUGACCUACAUCGCAACUCUGCCUAACAAGGCGACCACCAAUAUUCGCGGAUACGUCUCGGCCUCGUCCAACGCCGAUGGCACCGGAGUCUUCUUUAACGUGAAUUUGUUUGGCUUCCCAUCAGAAUCUCUCGGUCCUUUCCGUAUCUCCAUCCUCAUGACCAGUAUAGUGUACCACAUUCACGACCAGCCCGUCCCCGCAAAUGGCAAUUGCACAGCAACCCUCGCGCAUCUUGACCCCUACAUACGCGGCGAAAAGCCACCAUGCGACCCAGCACACCCAGCAACCUGUCAAGUAGGUGAUUUGGCUGGCAAGCAUGGCAACAUCACGUCACCUGGCCUACAGACAAGCUACUCAGACCUCUAUGUCGCAACUAAGCAAGGUCUCGGCUCCUUCGUCGGCAACCGCUCCAUAGUCGUGCACACCUCCAAUACCACCCGCUUGACAUGCGCCAACUUCGUGCUUAGCAGCGGCGCUUCACCGAGUGGAACCGGUGCCUCUGCAUCCGCGACUGGUGCUGGAUCAGGAAGCCCAACGUCGCCUGCCUCAUCGCCUAUUGCAUUCGCUGGUGGCGCCACCACGAAUUUCAUCAGUGGCGGUGUUGUUGUCGGGCUGGCCUUUGGCGUGAUUGCUUUCCUCUUGUAA